UCAGAAAAGGAAGCAUCUUUUUAGCAAUCCAAUCGAAACAAUCGAAGAGGUAACAGCAGAAGGAACAUGUCCGCCGCGGCUGACAAUGACAACCCAAGCUAUGCAAUUUUUUUUGGGGCUUUGGGAUCUGCAACGGCCAUUAUUUUCUCAUCCCUGGGCGCUUCGUAUGGCACAGCGAUGUCAGGAAGAGGCAUUGCCGAAAUGGCCCUGAUCAAGCCGGAGCUUAUUAUGAAGGCCAUCAUACCGGUGGUCAUGGCUGGCAUUAUAGCCAUCUAUGGCUUGGUUGUAGCUGUCCUCAUAGCCGGCUCGAUAGAUGGUUCAUACUCCAUACAAAAGGCGCAAGCCCAGCUGGGCGCUGGACUCUGUGUCGGACUUUCUGGUCUCUCCGCGGGCAUGGCCAUUGGCAUUGUUGGGAAUACCUGUUCACGCGCAUCAGCCAGGCAGCCACGCCUAUUUGUUGCCAUGGUGCUCAUACUGAUCUUUGCCGAAGUGCUCGGCCUAUACGGCCUAAUUGUGGCCAUUUUUCUAUACACCAAGUUCUAGGUAUUUAAUAAUAAAUAAAAUAA